ACUGUAGUUGCAGAUAAAAUACCCAAGAAAAUACUGAAUGGCAACACGUGCGUGUUGUGCUUCCAUUCCAGAUAAUUUUUAAAUUUGUUUUGAGAGCGAAAUGGGUAAAAUUAAUAACAGUCAACGGAAAGGGCCCCUGGCCCCGAAGCGUCUACAAAAAGCCGCAGAAGACUCUGUACUGGUUCAGGAUUCACACAGCAGCGAUCUAGAGAAGCCGGGCACAAGCAGCGAUGACGGCUUCGAGGAGCCAACUCCCAAGCUAUCCAAGAAGACCACAUCUUUGCCCGGGCCCGUGUCGAUCAUUGCGCGAAAGAAGAACAAGUUUAGGACAGACGACACGAAAAAUGUGAAGCCACCGACACUGGAGGAGAUGAAGGAGCUGCGCGACACACGCAAUCUCUUUCACUCGAAUCUGUUUAAGUUGCAGGUCAAAGAGAUGCUGGAGGAGCUCCAGCUAAAGACCAAGUACACCGAGUACAUAGAAAGUUGGAUGGAAUCGUUUACCGCCUUCACACAGCAGCAGCUUAAGGAUGGUCUGAUGCAGAAGAGUCAGUUGGAAGUGCCGUUGAAUGUGGACAUGAAAAUAUCGAGCUUUAUCUUCUCCAAGCCCACGAAAGAGCCCCAACUGAUUGGUGCCGCCUCCACGGGCACCUUGCUGGGCCCAAAGAUCGUGGUAGAUGUGGCCCUGGAGAUGCCCAAGGACUGUCUACACAAGGACGAUUAUCUAAACUUGAUAUACGAUCAGAAGCGGGCCCUGUACCUGACCUACAUAACGAACCAGAUGAGAAGCUACCCCGCCUAUGCUCAGGACAAGUUUGCCUUCAACUAUCAUGGCAAUAAUCCCCUCAAGCCAGUGCUGGAGCUGACGCCAGCCGCCAAGCAGGUGUCGAAGCACUUGCUGCUGCGUCUGUUCAUUACGGCGCCACAGAGCACCUUCAAGCCGGGCCGAUUUGUGCCCUGGAACAAUAAUAUACGACCCACAUACUAUAAUGAUGAGUGGGAGGAGGAGGAGGCACUCCCGUCGACACAGCACUACAAUGCCAACGUUCUGUUUGACCUGACGCUGGCCCAGAACCAGGCCCUUCUCGACAAGGCCUUCAAGGGCAGGCGCAACUUUCAGGACGGUCUUUUGCUGCUCAAAGUGUGGCUGCGUCAGCGGGAGCUGGACACAGGAUUCACUGGCUUUGGGGCGCACAUUCUGGCGUCGUUUAUCGUGUAUCUGAAUCAGCAGCGGAUACUGCACCAAUCGAGCAGCAGCUACCAAGUGGCACGAACCGUUUGGAAUCAAUUGUCCAACACAGACUGGACGAAUGGCAUCACCUUGGCGCCCGCUGCCAGCCAAACCGAGCAGCUGAGCACCCUGGCCGGCUACUACGAUGUGUGCUUCAUGGAUGUCACUGGACAGCUCAAUCUCUGUGCGAAUGUGCCGCUGGCUGUGUACCAGAGGGUCCGGGCAGAGGCCAAAUUGGCUGUGGACUUGCUGAAUGACAUGAAAUUGAAUAGCUUCCCGUACAUUUUCAUGCAAAAGUGUCCCCUGUACACCCGCGUGGAUAACAUACUCAAAAUCACCAACUACUCGAGUAUACAGCAAAUGCUUGUGCUGCAUUCCAAGCCGCAGGCAAAAUACGAUUAUGCAAACUAUGCCUAUCCUCAGCUGCUGAAAAUCCUUACAGAGCUGCUGCAGAAGGGACUCAAGGAACGUGUUCAGUCCAUUCUGCCCAUAGAAUCCGUCUGCAGUUCAUGGCCCGUCGAGAGCAAGGCCCCCAUUAUCGGACAAGCCAUACAGCUGGGUCUCAUACUCGAUCCGGAGCAUGCCUAUGAAGUGCUCGACAAGGGACCGGCGUCCAACGAUAAUCCCGAGGGCUCUGCCGAGUUUCGAAAGUUUUGGGGAGAGAAAUCCAAUCUGCGACGCUUUCAGGAUGGCAGCAUCACAGAGGCAGUUGUGUGGGGCACAGCCAAGGAUGCGCCCAGCAAGAAGCGUCUGAUUGUGCGCCAGAUUGUGCUGCAUCUGCUGGAGCAUCAUCUGCAGCUGGAGAGCAACGACAUCCAGUACAUUGCAGCCGAGUUGGACUUGGUUUAUCAUCUAACCCCUUGGUUCAAGGUGUCCAAAGUGAAGACCAAACUGGAGCUGCAGCAGGACACGGAUGCGGAGGCACUGAGUCCCAAUGUGAUACGCUGCUACGAUGAUUUGGCGCGUCAGCUGCAUGCCCUGGACGAUCUGCCGCUAGAGAUUGUGUCCAUAUCGAGCAUUUCACCCGUUUCCCGCUACUGUGAACCAAUGCCAGUGCUGCCGCAGGCUCGCCUGAUGGCCGACCGCAUCCAUGCCAGCCACAUCCAGCGGGUAAUCAUUCAGCUGGGGCAGAGCGGCAAGUGGCCCAAUGAGUUGGGCGCCCUGAGAGCCCUCAAGACGGCAUUCCUCAUUGAGAUUGGAGAGAAACUGAAGGCCCAGUGUCAUCUCAACUGGUCGAUUACCUCCGAGGGUCUGCUGGUGCUUAAGUGGGGCUUCUGUUUCCUGCUGGAGCUGGCGCACAACAAGGAGCUGGCGCUGCUCAAGCACGAGGUAACCGAACGGGGAGUGACCAAAUAUGUGGACAACAGCGAAAGUCGUGCCCUGGAGCAACGGCACUACAUCCUGCCCAAGGUCAGUGGCGCACUGCACGCCCUGCAUCAGACGCACUCGGCCUACGGGGGGACUGUGUUGAUUGCCAAGCGUUGGCUGGCCACACAACUGCUGGACGAUGGUGUGUGGCCUGCCAUGGCCACAGAGCUGCUGGUUGCACAUCUCUACCUGCAGCGGAAUGCGCCUCAGGCCAUAGCGGCACCCCAAACCGGAUUCAUUCGGUUCCUGCAUCUGCUCGCGCACAGCGACUGGAAUGGAGAACUCUUUCUGUUGAACUUUAAUGGCAGCUGGCAGGAACAACAGAUUGGGGAUCUGGAGCACAGUUUCCGCAGCGAUCGGCAGAGUUAUCCGCCUUUGGCACUGGCCACGUCCUACGAUCAACAGCAUGCUGGCCGCCUGUGGACCACCGCGGAGUCGCCCAGUCUGCGCAUACUCUCGCAUGUCUCACGCUUGGCCCGCCACGCCCUGGAGAUGAUCGAGACCAGUCUGCUGUCGAAAGAUCUGCGAUUUGUGCGUCCCGCACAGCUGUUCCGCGGCUCCAGCGAGGGCUACGAUCUGGUGAUACAACUCAAGUCUGAUAUGGUGCCCAAUGCCCUGAGCUAUGAUCUCGGUUCGCCCUUUGUGUCCUUUGAUCAACCGAAUUACCUGUUACCAAGAGCAGGCAAGGACCUACUGGCAGGAAUCGUCCAACAAUUGAGAUCUGCCUACUCCGACUAUGCCGCCUUCUUCUACAAUCCCCAUGGCGGCAAGGAACUGGCCAUUAUGUGGCGUCCCCCAACAGAGUUCGCACCGAAAGCGUUCAAGGUCACGGAGCUGCAGGCUUGCACGCCCUGCGACAAGGGCAAGGUUCAGGUGGUGCGGGAAACCCUAGUGGAGGAUUUCAAAGUGCUGCUCAAAGACUUUUAUCUGCGCAUCAGCACGCCCGAGGAGCUCAAGCGUGAACAGCGGGAGCAGCAAAAUCCCAAGCGAUAUUUCAAUGCCAAGCACCAGGAAACGGACGCCAGCUCCAAGUCAAAGAAGCGAAAGCUGGCCAAGGCAGCAAAAGUGCAAGCUCCGCCGAAGAAGAAAGCUCUGAUCAAGAGCAAACCCCUGAAAUCGCUGAGCUAGUUGUAGCCCCAAUGUAAAGUAAGGAUAAACCCACAAGAAUUCAUAAUUAAAGCUAGAAGAUUGUUAAGCC